UUUUUUUUAUUUCAGGUAAUACACCAUUUUGCAAGAAAAUUGUUGUCAUAAACGAUGAUAUCAAACAUUUAUCGAGGAAUCCAUGUGGAUUAAUUUGGGUAAAACAACGUCCAACGGAACAAAAUUUAUAAAUUAAAGAAAAAGAACAAUAAAAAGAACAAAUUCUUUUACUAUCGUGAAUGUUAAAGAAAUGGAACGAGCUGGAUGUAAGACUACGAGUGGAAUACAAAAAUUAGAAGGUGACGAUGUGGAAAAAUCAUUAGAAGUUUUGGAUAAAGUUUUAUCAGAAUUUGAAGAUCCUGAUUCCCUACCACACAUUCCUGUACACAUUGAACCAGAAAGUCCAUCACAAGGCAAUCAAUCAGAAGAUGAUGGUUACAUGAGUAUGAAUGGAAGGAGGGCAAAAAUACCUCCAGAUUUCCAUCAACCCCUUAGUAACGAAUCACCUGCAUCACCGCCACAUCUUAUGGAACGUAAAAAUUUUGAAAAAACUACGGAUGAUAUUAAUAAUAAAAUAACAAAUAAUAUAAAUAAUAACAAUAAUAAUAAUAAUAACAAUAAUAACAAUAACAAUAAUAAUAAUAACAAUAAUCAAGAAAUAGAUCAACAGUCUUCAUCAAUUUUAUUACCAUCAUCAUCAUCACCAUCAUCAGAUUUAACAUCAUCAUCAUCAUCAUCAACAACAACUACAACAACAACAGCAACAAUAACGGCAACAACAGUAACACCUACUUUACAAUCAGCAACAACAAUAUUAUCAUCAUCAUCAACAUCAUCUUCACCAAUAAAAAUACAAAAACAACAGCAGCAGUCAGCUAAUAAUACAACAUUGGAAUUGUCGAUUCAGGAACCAAUAAAAGUAACCAUAAAAUCAUCACCUGUAUCAUCAUCUACCCACCAAAAUAGUAAUAACAGUAGCAACUGUAACAGUAACAGUAUAACAGAAAAAACAGAAGAAAUUAUUGUUAAAUCUAAUCAACCCCCUCCACCAGAAGUAGCUGAAGCGAUAAUUUCAAAUUUAUUACCAAGAUCACCUUCAAUAACACAAAAACAAAUAAUUGAAUCACAAUUGACUGAUGCUACAAUAGGUCUUGUUAAUACAGAUCGAAUAAAUAAUGCUAAAAAUUUACAAAAUCGUGUUAUACAAUUAGAUAGUAAACAUAUAACAUCAACUAGUUGUAAUAAAAACGGUAUAAUGGUGGUUCAAAAUGUCAGUAUAGGUAAUAUACCAACUGGUGGAAAUAAUUGUAAUUUAUCUACAGUUGAUAAUAAUUGUAUUGGUCAAUCACAUAAAUGGAAUACAAAAAUUGAUGGUAAUCUUCAAAAUGAUUCAACUAUAUUAAAUGAACAAAAUAAUCCUAAUAUGGUAUGUUCUGGAGUUGUUGGUGUUAGUGGAAAUCAAACAUCACCAGCACAACAAACGACAUUGCCAAAAGCACGUCCAUCAAAUGUUAAUCCAUCCAAAUAUUCGAGUCUUCCUUGUUCAGGGCCAGCUCGUUUAGGACGUAAUUUAAGUAACAGUGUAACUGGUGGUGGUAGCUUUGAUAGUGGUACUGGUGAUCGUAAUAUUUUAGGAAUUGGUAUUAGUGCUGUACAUGAUGCUGUAUUACGUGGUGGUGUUGCCAAAUUACCAGAACCAAUUUUAAAUGAGCAUCCAGUUACAAUUUAUCCUGGUCGUGCAUCACCAAUCGGUAAACGUGUACCACCACGUACAUUACCUGGUUCAAUUGAAAGACAUCGUGAAGUAUGCCGUAAUAAUCUUAAUAAUGAAUUACAUUCACCAACACAACAAACAAUUUAUGAUCCAACUGAAGGUAAUCCACCAUCUUAUGUUUUAUUAACAUCAGCAUCAACAACAAAUAUGUCACCAUUACAACGUUUAGCCAUUACAAAAUCGCCAUCAUCACCAUUGGUUGCUGUACAACAACAUAUUAUAUUACAAAAUAGUGUUAGUAGUAAUCAACUUAUUGACAAUAAGAAUUUAUUAAAUAGUCUUCAAAUACCGCCCUGUAAACCAAAACGUAAUAAUUUAAAUAAUAAAAAUUUAAUAAAUUCAACAUCAUCAUCAAAUAAUGGUAGUAGACAGGAUCGACAAGAUAUUGAUGAUAUAUCAAUUAUUGAUAAUAAUUGCAAUCGAAAGAAAAUUAAUGGUGCUACAACAACAGAUAGUAGCAGUGAAGAAGAAUUUUCUGAUGAUUCGCUGGAAGAAGGACAAUCAUUACCACCACCACCAGCACCACCAUUAGUGCCUCCACCACCAUCAUUAUCUGCACCGGUAACACCAAGUAAACGUGGUAGUAUAGCAUGGGAAAUAAAUUUAGAUGAUCAUUUACCACCACCACCGCCUCAAAUUACCGAAAAACAAAUGAAAUUGGAAAAACGCUUAGGAAAAUCAAAUCAUAAUAUUAUAAACCAAAGUAAUAAUAAUAAUAAAAAUUUAAAUUCAAUUGAUGGUAUUGGAAGUAAUAAUAAAAAGAAAUCAAAUUCAAAUAUUGGUGCAAUAAAUAGUAGUAAUAAAGAAAAGAAAAUUGAAACAUCCGCUUCAGCAAAGAUUAUAGCAAGACGUCGAGCACGUUCACAAUCUGGUGACAAUUUAAUUAUGACAAAUCAUAUGACAGAUAAUGAUUCAAUGUCAAGUUUUGCUUCAACACCAGGAAAUAGUGGCGGUAGUAUGUCACAAAAUGCAUCACCUCAACAUCGCCAUCAUUUUGGUAAUCAUGUACAUUUAACAUCAAAAAAUCGAUCUAGUUCAUUAGAAUGGCCUGAUCCACCAGAGGCUCCAAUAUGUAGUACAGAAGAUGAAGCAGCAUCAAUAUAUUCUGAUUCAGAUGAUAUUAUACCAACAUAUCCAGUUAAUUUAACAGGCAAAGGAACUUAUGUUAUUCGUAAAGGUCGUAAAGAACGUAGUCGUUUAUCUGACAUACAUACAUCAAUGUCAUCAUCAAUUAAUUCAAGACUUAGUAAUGAGGGAAGUUUAUUGUCUGGCAUGACAGCAAGUCAAAGUUUAUUAAUACCAAAUUCAAGACAUAGUAUCGAUUUAGGAUCUUCAACACAUUCACCAAUUUCAAUUGGUACAGGAAAUAAUAUUUUACCAAAUAGAGGAGCUGUACUAUCACCAAGAUCAAGAUUAUCAUUGGAUUUGACUUCACCAAAUACAGCAAAUCCAGAUCAUCCAGUUUCACUUAAUCAAAUUCUUCAUUCACCAGUUACAAAUGGCAGUAAUGCAGGAACCCCGAACUCAAGAUUUAAUGAUUACAAAAGUUAUACAAACAGUUACGAUCAAAUUCAACAUCAUAUUGAAGCAAAUGGCAAUGGUGGACCUACUGGUGGUAAUGUUUUACCAAUUAAUGGAAAUACUGUAGCGACCGUUACCAACACCAGCUUAAAUAAUAACAACAAUAACAAUAAUAUCAGUAAUGCUACACCUAACGUAAACGGUUCUUUGACACAUGAUAUAUCAAGCACUCCAAGACGGGAACUUGCUCCACCUAUCGAAGAAGAUGAAGAACAGGAUAGUGAAUCACAAGCUUCAAGAGGGGCUCCUUUACGGCAAAUUGAAAAUAAUAUAAGUGCUUUAUUGCGUGGUGAUAUAGCUGUUGCACGUAUCGGUGAUCUUGCACAUCCAAGACGUCCAUUAGGAUUUCGUCCAGGAGUUCAUAAAUCAGAAAGUGCCAAAGAAAUGUUGUUAUCGCAAUUAAAUAAUUUUGGUCCUCUACCGCCAUCACCUCCAAGCUCUAGUCCAGAACCUGUAAAUGAAAUUGAUUCAUUUCCACCACUACCUCCAUCACCUCAAGAAAAUAAUGCUGAUGAUGAGGAAGAAUUAGAUGAAACCAAUGUUAUGCGUGGUAUUCAUGGAAUUCGAAUAUCAUCUAGAACUCGACUUAAAACAAAUCCAAAUGUAGAAUCUCAUGCCCCAGCUAUUCCACCGCAUAGAAGUGGAAAUAUUGGUGUUCCACCAUCAAUUAAUACAUUAAAGACACGUUCAAUGGAUGCUGGUUAUACAAAAAAAUAUGCAACAAAUUCGUCACAUAUAAGUGUACCAGGUACACUACCCUGUGAAAUUCCUACAACGAAUUCUUCAAGACGUAGAUUACAAUCUGGUGCUUUUCCAAAACGUUCAGCCCAAAGUCCAAGAGAAGAAAGACGAUUACAAACGUCUUGCAGUUUACCAGAAACACCAAUUUUUGCUAGAGGAUGUGAUAUACCACGUACACCACAUAGACGUGCCCCAGAAGUUCCACCACAUGGAACUGUAGGCGGAACAAAUAAUUGUGGUUCAAGAACAGCACCUCGAUCGAAUACGAAUACGACAAGUAGUUUAGGUUCAUCUAUUGUUGGAAUUGGAAAUUCAACUUUAGGAAAUAAUAAUGGAAGACAUCAACCACAACCACCGCAACCUCAACGUACUAUUGUACAAGCAUUAACAAGCGCUGAAAUGUUACGUUUAGCUGGUGGACCAGCACGUGGUUGGUAUCCAAAACAAAGAGCAAUGCGUCCAGCUUCUACUGAACAUUUAGAUCGUUUACAUAGAACCCAAGGAUCGAUGCGUGCUUGGGAUACCGCUAUUGGUGUUGGUCAUCAUACUGGUGGUGGUAUGUCUGGUAGAGGUGGUGUUGUAGGUGGAAACGAAUGUGGCAGAAAGCCGUUAACAUUACCACCAAAUUUAACACCGAAAUUUUUCAACAAAUCACCACGUGAAGCUCUUAGACGUGUUACUAGUUUACUUAUUAAAAAAGGAAAUGGAAAGGAUAAAGAGUCUAAACAUCAUCGUGAUAAGGAUGUUUUUACAACUUCCUCAAUACAUCGAUCACCCGGAUCUGCUGGGGAUAUACCAAUUCCAAAUCAUCAUAUGUAUAUAAAUAAUGGUUCAACUACUAGCUCAUCAACAACAACUUCCAAUAAUCAACAUCCAUUACAACAAAGUCAUUCACAAACAAAUGAACAGCAAAACAGUAAAAAUAGUGGUGGUCAUAAUCAGACAACACAUAAAAAGAAAGGAUUCUUUAAAAGUUUUUGGAAAAAAUCUAAACAUUAUUCACUUGAUCAACAAUAAAUUUUUUAUACCAUACAUAAUAAAAUAUAAGAAUAUCAUAUAUAACUAAAUAAUAUAAUAUAGUAUUAUGUCUAUAUAUAUAUAUAUAUAUAUACAUGAAAUACAUACAUAAUUUAUUUGAAAAUAAGUGAGAUAAAAUUACAGAAGAUUGAGAAAUUUAAAUUGCAAUUUUAAUUGAAAAAAUAAAUUUAUUGAUAAAAUAUGAAACUUCUGAUAUUUGUGUUUCAUAAUAUCAAAAUCGAAAUUCUACAAUAUAUACAUAU